AAGGAAAAUUCCCAGUUAAAGCAUUAAUAGAUACAAUAUCUAAAUCUAAUACUAUUAGCAAACACUUGUUCAAUAAGCUUGAAUCUGAUCACAGAUUAGAAGGUGUAGUUGGUGAUGAUCUGAUAGGCGAAGAAAUAAAAAGCUUAGAUUUACAGUUUCACAUUAAAGGAAAGUGGCAAAACUUGGGUGAUACUGAACUAAUAGACUUUCAAAUUUGCAAAAAUUCGUCAUUCGAUCUGGUGUUGGGGCAAGAUUGGUUAUGGAUGCGUGAAGCAAAAAUAAGCUUUGAAUUUUCUUCUGAAACCUGUGAACACCAUGCUAAAAUUAUAAUAGAAGGUAUGAGCAUCCCAUUAAUCGAUGAAGAUUUUAACAAAGCCAGCACCACUAAAAAUAUCUCACCUGGGUCCGAUCUAUUAUUGGAGGAACUCACGAAUAUGUUCGAGAAUUUAUCUCUCAGAAGCAAAGAUAAUAAGCAACGAAAGAGGCAUCGUGUCAUCAUACCUCCUUAUGAACUAAGUUGUAUAAAUAAAGGAAAGAUACCAUGGAUAAAAUCUGAGUCAGGUCCUUCUAAUUCUCGCUCAUGUCAAAAUAAGAGCAAGAAAGGUGGAGUCAAGUAUUCCACAGAUUCGGAUACUGACACUUCUGAUACAACCACUUCUUAUUCCCCCAAUUCAGGUCCGGAAG